AUGCAAGCAAUCAAGUGUGUUGUUGUAGGAGACGGUGCUGUUGGGAAGACUUGUCUCCUUAUUUCUUACACGACCAAUGCCUUCCCCGGAGAGUAUAUUCCGACUGUAUUUGACAACUACUCUGCCAAUGUAAUGGUCGAUGGCAAAACGAUCUCCCUUGGUCUAUGGGAUACUGCUGGCCAAGAGGAUUACGACCGCCUUCGUCCUCUGUCAUACCCCCAGACAGACGUAUUCCUGAUCUGUUUCUCUCUCGUUAGUCCGCCCAGCUACGAGAACGUGAGGACAAAGUGGUACCCCGAAAUAUCCCAUCACGCCCCAUCUACUUCCAUAGUCCUGGUCGGAACCAAGCUCGAUUUGCGUGAAGAUCCGACAACUAUCGAAAAGCUGCGAGACCGUCGUAUGGCCCCGAUCCAGUAUUCGCAGGGUGUCGCAAUGUGCAAGGAUAUUGGCGCCGUCAAAUAUCUCGAGUGUUCAGCUCUUACCCAGAAAGGGCUAAAGACUGUUUUCGAUGAAGCCAUCCGGGCUGUCUUGAACCCACCCCCACAAAUCAAGAAGAAGUCCGGUUCGAAAUGCAUCAUUGCAUGA